AUGAGUGGAUAUACUGUUGUCAUUGUACUAGUUGUUGUUGUUGGUCUUUCGGCGUUAGCAUGGGUAUUUGCUCCACAAGAAAAUAGGACAGUGUUUAGAUCAUCAGUGAUACUUGGUUUGGCCAUGUGUUAUCUCAUGUGGGCAAUUACGUACUUGGCCCAAUUACAUCCAUUGGAAGCACCAAGGAGGUCGGACUUGAGACCAGAACAUGUGAAAUGA